ACGUUCCUCUGUUUACAAAAGUGUUCAUUUGACAUCUCAAAUAUUUUCUUCUGGCAAUUUUCUACAUCUCUUCAGAACUCAAUACAACUUUCCAUGACUUGACCAAUUUGUGAUCAGCAUGGAUAUCCACGACGUCUCUAAUGUUCCUGAGUGCCUUAGGUAUCUUCAAACACAUAAGCAAAAUCUCAAAAAUGCGCAGGCUGUCAAAGGGCGUCUAGCAAGACCCCAAAAAUCCAAAAAUGAAAUCCUGAUGCAGUUCAUGAUUCGACAAUCGAUGGCAACGAAAGAUUCUGCUAAUCUGUCAAAUAUCCAAUCCUCGUUCCUACCACCUGCCUACCCCCCAUGCGUCAAACCCUUCAACGAAUUAAAGAAGGUCAUGAUCGAAAAUCUGUGUCUUGAGACUCAUCACCGGGAACAGUAUCUCCUUCUGAGGACAAUCACUCCCACAGAUACGAUGACCGCCGUGAUGGCCAUCGUAGAAGAUGAAGACGGCAAUGUUCUCAUGCUGCAGCUUUACAACCAAGAGCAGGAACUAUCAGGCGCACAAAGCCUCAAGGAAGGCACAGUGCUUGUUAUCAAAGAACCUUACGUCAAAGUAAUGGCAGACGGGGACUACGGGAUUCGAGUGGAUCAUCUGUCGGACGUCUGUUUGAUCCCCGAGUUUGGCGACCUGGUUCCCUUAUCUUGGAGGACACGUGUAACACGGGCCGAUGAAAAAUCAUCUUCUUGGAAGACGAAAGGAAAUGAGCAUUUUCAUCAGGGUGAUUAUCAUUCAGCAAUCCAAUGCUAUUCGAAGUCUUUGGACACUAAUCCCUCGCCAGAAUUGCUGACGAUGACGCUGCUCAACCGUGCCCUUUCCUUCUUAAAAAGCUACCGCUUUGAUGCAGCCUUGAGAGAUGUUGAAGAUGUUUUACAAACAUCAGAGCUAUCAGAAAAGGCUCUUUUCAGGAAGGCUCAGGCUUUGUAUCAACUUCAAAGGUUCAAAGAAUCCAGUGAAAUCUAUGCAGUACUUGCAGAGAAGUAUCCAAAUAACACCAUGGCUGCGCAUGAGUAUACACGAGCAUCAGCUCGGCUUUUGGAGCAGGAGAAAGGGAACUACAAGUUCAGGCAAAUGAUACUAGAGGCCAAAAAACGUCAGCCCCCAACACUUGAUCGCGGCACUUACAUUGGUCCUGUGACUGUGAAGCAAACUCAGUCUCAUGGGAGAGGACUCUUCACGACAGAAGCGGUAAAGGCAGGUGACCUUCUGUUCUGCGAAAAGGCGUUUGCUCAUGCAUUCCACUAUGAAAAUUCCUCGACAAAUCUCCGUCUACUACUUAAUGUCGACAUGGACAAAGCUACCAUUGGUACUCAAGCAGAGCUUCUCGAGUUGAUUGUUCAGAAGCUUUAUAAAAAUCCGUCCCUGCUACCAGGCUUCGUUGACCUGUAUCAUGGCACAUACAAAUCAGUGGAUGUCCUAGAAGUAGAUGCGAUACCUGUUGUAGAUAGAUUUUUUGUUGAAAGGACCAUGGCCCUUAACGGCUUUGGGUGUCCUCUUCUAUCUCGCCAGAGCCACAUUAGCAGCAUUAAAGGGGUUGAUGAUAUGGCCGAAACAGCCAAUGAACAAUUUCAUUCUUGUGGGGUCUGGUCGAUGGCUUCAUACAUUAACCACUCCUGCCUGAGCAAUGCCCGUCGUUCUUUCAUUGGGGACAUGAUGAUAGUUCGUGCUUCGAGGGACCUGCCUCCUGAGACCGAGAUUAACUUCUGGUACCAAUCACCCAUGGACUGCGAGCCCAAAGGAUUACCCGUCGACCUACAGAACUGGGGUUUCAAAUGCGACUGCAUAUUAUGCCAAGACACACGAAGUCAUAGCAGAAAUGCUUUAUCAAACAGAAACAGUCUUUUGGCUGAGCUGCACAGAUUAUUCAAACGACCCAAGAGUAAUUUGCGAAAGAUUGAAGACACGCUUCUGAGCCUCGCAGGGACAUAUCGUCGACCAACAUCUGAAGUCCCUCAUCUUGCACUUCUUUCACCCUAUCUGUCUCUUGCUGCGAUCUAUGCUUCAUCCCAAAGACCUGGCAAGGCCGUGCAAUUUGGGUUGAUGAGCCUAGAUUCACUUGGCUUUGUAAUCAAAGGUGGAAAUAUUCCUCAUGUCUCGAACCUUCCAUUAGUUGUCCAAAAAUGGGGCCUGAUGACUGACCAAGUUGUGGGAUGUUGGAUGAUUCUUUGCCGUGCAUAUCAAGAGCUCGCACCUAAUCUCGUGUCCCAAGCUGAGGAAUAUGCCAGAGUCUCCUACAGAAUCUGCGUUGGCGAAGAUGAGACUUUUGAUCAGACAUACAGCAGGCUAUCAAAUCGGGUGGAUGGCUUUUUGAUGACCGCAAUGUAG